GCCUCCCCCUUGGUCCUUUUUUCCCGUGGUCUCACGCGUGUUCGGUGUGAUUUAAUUUCGUAUUAUCGAAAUCUAAAUACAUCUAUUUAAUAAUUUAUAUUAUUAUUAAAUAAAUAACCAAAAUGCCACCUAAAUUUGAUCCCACUGAAGUUAAGAAAGUAUUCUUGAGAUGUGUUGGAGGAGAAGUUGGUGCUACAUCUUCACUUGCUCCCAAAAUUGGUCCACUUGGUUUGUCUCCCAAAAAAGUUGGUGAUGACAUCGCAAAGGCCACUAGCGACUGGAAAGGUUUGAAAAUUACCGUUCAAUUGACAAUCCAAAAUCGUCAAGCAACAAUUUCCGUCGUUCCAUCGGCUGCUUCGUUGGUCAUUAAAGCUCUGAAAGAGCCACCAAGAGACAGGAAGAAACAAAAGAACAUCAAGCACAGCGGAAAUCUAUCCAUUGAUGACAUCAUUGCGAUUGCCCGUACCAUGAGACCACGUUCUAUGUCUCGUCAACUCAGUGGAACUGUUAAAGAAAUUUUGGGAACCUGCCAAUCUGUUGGAUGUACCAUCGAAGGAAGACCACCACACGAUCUUAUCGAUGACAUCAAUGCAGGAGAAAUGGAAAUCGCUGAUGAAUAAAUAAUUCGAUGUUUCUGAGGGGUGUGGCAAAUAAAAAUUUUAUAAAAAUUGAA